CUUAUACUUGACUUGUUGGUUAAGAAGCAGUUCAUUUUGAUCGAGAUUUGAAUUCGAAGAGAAGCAUAAGCAUGGCGAGGUACGAUAGAGCAAUCACCGUCUUCUCACCGGACGGCCAUCUCUUCCAGGUCGAAUACGCACUCGAAGCUGUUCGCAAAGGCAACGCCGCCGUUGGCGUCCGCGGCACCGACAACGUCGUUCUCGGCGUCGAGAAGAAAUCAACCGCCAAGCUCCAAGACUCUAGAACGGUGAGAAAGAUUGUAAAUUUGGAUGAUCACAUUGCACUUGCUUGUGCUGGACUAAAAGCCGAUGCCCGUGUGCUUAUAAACAGGGCAAGGGUGGAAUGUCAAAGCCACAGGCUUACUGUGGAGGAUCCCGUGACUGUUGAGUACAUAACUCGUUACAUUGCGGGUCUUCAACAAAAGUACACGCAAAGUGGUGGCGUGCGACCCUUUGGCCUUUCCACUUUGAUUGUUGGCUUUGAUCCAUAUUCCGGAACACCUGCCUUGUACCAAACGGAUCCUUCAGGUACAUUUUCUGCUUGGAAAGCUAACGCAACUGGAAGGAACUCAAAUUCUAUUCGGGAGUUCCUAGAGAAGAAUUAUAAAGAAACUUCUGGGCAAGAGACUCUAAAAUUGGCUAUCCGAGCAUUGCUUGAAGUUGUUGAGAGUGGAGGCAAGAACAUAGAAGUUGCUGUGAUGACAAAGGAGCAUGGUCUGCGUCAACUGGAGGAAGCUGAAAUUGAUGCCAUUGUGGCUGAGAUUGAAGCAGAGAAAGCUGCUGCAGAGGCUGCAAAGAAAGGCCCCCCUAAGGAGACAUGAUUUUGUUACUCUAGCGUUGUUCUUGCUAGGUAUUGGGCGGACGUACUGAAGCUAAAGUUGAUGCCAUUGUGGCUUAGAUUGAAGGAGAAAUCAGCUGCUGAGGAUGCAAAGAAAGCCACAUAUUAGGAGGCAAGAUUUUCUGUUUUUGUUUUGGGUUACUCGAUUAUUGUUCUUGCUUGGUGUUGGCCGGACUUACAAUUAUUGCUGGACUUACUGUUCUGGUGUCGGAUUUUGUAGUAUUUGUCAAAUUAAUUGCACUAUUCUAUUAGUCAAGCCCCCAAAACCAUAAGUAUCUUGAUUCACAAGAUUUUUAAUGAGAGGAAUUAGGAAUAUAAAGC